AUCAUAACAAGCACUAUAAGACGGAGAGUAAAUAUUACAAGAAUUAACAUGACUUCGUGUAUAUAGCACACACUCUCCAGUGCUGGUUGUUCUAUCAUCUCAUUAUCAACCAGAACCGACAAACGUUUAUCGAGCUCUAUACGUUUUUAACUAAUAGGGAUAUAUCUUAAAAUGGUGAGCAAGGCUGUUUCCACGUCUAGGCAGGGGUUAACACCCGGAGACGAGAUGAAUACUUCUAACAUAGACAUCUCAGAGAACAGAUCAUUCCUGGUAUCGCUACUUUGCGGUCUAUACGCAUUGUUCAUGAUUGUCAGUGGAUUUGUCAUAUGUUCUAACUCGUCAAUUACUAGGAGCAACCCUAACUCCCAUUACUAUGUUGACAUGUUCUUCAUCUACAUGUUCUCCAUGGCGAUAGUUGUGAUGACGCUCCUCUUCGUCAUUAUUCUACCAAAGAGGAAACAGUCAAACGCUAAUCGUCGCUCAAACGAUAUAGCAUUGCAAAACGGAAGUGGCCCACAUGAAUGGGAACUCGAGGGUUACCCGGAUGUAGCCCAUGCAGCCGAGGGAGCGAACUUCUACAUGCGUAUCGGGUUCACAGGGUUUUCUGUUGGGACGAUGCUCUAUGGUUGUUUUAAGAUAUCAGAAGCAUUCAAAGAUGGACGGAGUUCUUCUAUAGAUUGCAAGGGGGUCACCUUUCUCAUUUGUUCAUUUCUCCAGAUAGUCUUCACCUUCAUGCAAACAAUGUUCAUCUUUAAAAACCACACGAUUGUUGUCAACGUCCACAAAAGUUUUGUGAAAUGGUGCAUGUGGCAUCUAAUAGCCACCAACUUGUGUGUGUGGCUAUGGUACGAAAUAACAGAGAUUGAGAAUGACAUCAGAGAAGACAAAGAUGAACCUUUACUGAUAACAAUCAUCAGAAACGCGAGUGUUAGGAGUAGUGAAGGGCAGAAUGAGGAGCCACUCCAAAAUAAUGAGACUAUGGCAAGUGAGGGAAAUGUUGAGGAUAUAGGUUGCUACGCCUACGAGAUCAUCGCGGAGAAAAGUUCUGAAUAUUUGUUCCCGUGUGUUAUAGAAUUUAGCCUCUUAGGGGCGACACUCUCUUACACAGUUCUAAGUUCAGUAGGAAAACCACUCGAGCUGCCAUCCUCAAAAAAUGCCAAACCGGAAGUGAAUCGGGAUUGUCAUAAAGCGAACUCAGGAUUGUUUGGUGGCAUUCUCGUUUUCAUGGUGACAAUCGUAGCCGUGGCAGUGUUUUUCGUACUCGUGGAUAACCUUACGAUGCCAGUGGAGGCAAUGACAGUAUUUUACAUCACAGAAAUUGUACUUCUAUCCGCAACAUUUGCCGGAUGUCUCAUUAGUAUUCUGAAAUUGAAAUAUUUGAGAUUUUCUCCCGGUGAGGGUGGUAUAGAUUCAGUAUUGUUGAUGGUGUCACUUGGAGCUGUUUUCAUGUUCCAUUUAUUCAUGAUAAUCUCAUCAGCCGAACAGACCCAUGUAUUUGGAUUUAUAGGAGUUCUAUCGAUAAUUGUGUCGGUGUUUGCCAUCAUCCAGGCAGCCCUUCAAGUUGUUAUGAUUAUAGAUGGCAUGCUGCGUUCCAGUGUACACGACACACAUCUGCAAAGUAAACCAGGCAGGUCCUUGGUUACUUUCGUCAUCAUUGCAAACCUAGCUCUAUGGGCAAUUAAUACUUUUGAAGCCAAGAAAGCGGGACAUUCAGGGAUACAUGCACAAUAUUACGGAAAGGUUGUUUGGUCAAUUAUUCAGCACGUCUCUAUACCAUUGGUGAUAUUUUACAGAUUCCAUUCAACCAUCUGCCUCUCUGAUAUCUGGAUAAAUGCUUACAUUAUAAAAGAAAAUUAGACAUGGACGUUUAGAAAUCUAGAUUAUGCCAUAUACACCACCUCUAGCAAAUUGGCAUUCAGAAGGGCCUUUUCUGAUGACAAAAUUGAUGAAUUUAUUUGAAUUCUGUAUGUUUUAAUUUUUUCCUAAUAGAUAGAAUUUAAUUUGAGACUUGGUGUUUUUUG